AGAGACUCCACCCGGAGAGAGAAGAGAGCGAAGACGAGACAGACAGACACCAAACAAAAAGGGAAACCGUCUCCGUUAAAGGUCAAACCCCAACCACCACCUCCGGUCUCAGCCGACUUACGCCACCGCUCCGGCCACGAUCCCUCUCCGGCGACCGCCCCUCUCUUAUGCUAGUUCCCGAUCGCUCUGCCGGUGUCCCUCCGGUGGCCGGUGAUUGUCCAGGUCGUGUGGAUUGAUUAUGAAGAGUUACAACCACAAGGCUAAUAGCAGCAGUUUUGGUAGCAACCAUCAUCACCACCACAAGAACGGCUCGACGAAUGGAUUCUUGCCAAAUUCACUGAAGUUCAUCUCGUCCUGUAUCAAAACCGCCUCCUCCGGUGUACGGUCGGCCGGCGCCUCGGUUGCCGCCUCAAUCUCCUCCGGCGAUUCUCAUGAGCACAAGGACCAGGUGCUGUGGGCUUGUUUUGACAGGAUAGAGCUUGGCCCAAUUUCCUUCAAGCAUGUUCUUUUGUUAGGUUACUCAAAUGGGUUUCAAGUCCUUGAUGUGGAAGAUGCCUCUAAUGUCUGUGAACUUGCCUCGAAACGUGAUGAUCCAGUCACAUUUUUACAGAUGCAGCCCCUUCCUGCAAAGUCCAAGGGAUGUGAAGGAUUCAGGACCUCUCACCCUUUGCUCUUGGUGGUUGCAUCUGAUGAGUCAAAGAGCACCAGUGUGAUGCAAAAUGGAAGAGAAGCUUUUAGAGAUGGCUAUACCGAGGCUCCAAAUGGAAGCCUAGCUCUUUCUUCAACAGCUGUUCGAUUUUACUCACUGAGGUCUCACAGUUAUGUUCAUGUUCUAAGGUUUAGGUCAACUGUGCAUACAGUUAGAUGCAGUCCCCAAAUAGUUGCCAUCGGACUUGCUGCACAAAUAUAUUGUUUUGACGCUCUUACUCUUGAGAAUAAGUUCAGCGUCCUUACUUACCCUGUACCUCAAUUGGGAGGGCAAGGGAGCUUUGGGGUUAAUAUGGGCUAUGGCCCCAUGGAUGUGGGUCCAAGGUGGUUGGCUUAUGCUCCUAACAAUCCUUUGUUAUCCAACAGUGGUCGUAUUAGUCCCAAAAGUCUUACACCUUCACCAGGUGUCAGUCCAUCCACUUCACCAAGUAAUGGCAGUCUCAUGGCUCGCUAUGCAAUGGAAUCUAGUAAGCAAUUGGCUGCUGGAUUAAUCAACCUCAGUGACAUGGGCUACAAGACCUUGUCCAGGUACUACCAAGAACUUAUCCCUGACGGGUCUAGUUCUCCAGUAUCAUCCAAUUCAAGCUGGAAAGCAGUCCGGGCUACAACUCAUUCCGCUGAUGUAGACACUGCUGGGAUGGUAGUUGUGAAGGACUUCGACUCCAGAGCUAUUAUAUCACAGUUCAGGGCUCACACCAGCCCAAUUUCGGCUUUAUGUUUUGAUCCAAGUGGGACACUGCUAGUUACUGCCUCAAUACAUGGGAACAAUAUUAACAUUUUUCGUAUAAUGCCAUCUAGCUCGAAGACAGGGUCAGGCACUCAACGUUAUGAUUGGAGCUCUUCACACGUGCAUUUGUACAAACUUCACCGUGGAGUGACUUCAGCAGUGAUCCAAGACAUAUGUUUUAGUCAUUACAGUCAGUGGAUUGCAAUUAUAACUGCCAAGGGAACUUGUCAUAUAUUUCUUCUAUCUCCAUUUGGCGGUGAAGCUAAUCUUCAACUACAUAACUCUCAUGUUGGGCAACCCACACUUUUUCCUGCUAUGUCUUUGCCUUGGUGGUCUAUGCCAUACUUCAUGGUAAAUCAGCAAUCCUCUACAUCACAUUUGCUGCCGCCACCGCCUGUUACCGCAUAUGUAGCCAGCAGAAUUAAAAACUGUAACUCCGGAUGGAUAAACUCUGUUAGCAAUGCUGCCUCCUCUGCGACUGGAAAGGUUUCAGUUCCAUCAGGAGCAUUUGCUGCCGUAUUUCAUAGCUCUGGACUGCAGAAUCCUCGGCCUUCUCCUGCUAAGGUUCAUGCCUUGGAACACUUGUUGGUCUUUACUCCUUCCGGGCAUGUUGUGCAGUAUGAGCUUCUGCCUUCAAUGGGGGGAGAAUCCAGUGAAACUGUCUCGAGAACUACGAUGGGUCCCCCAGCACAGAUACAGGAUGAAGAGCUACGAGUGAAAGUUGAACCUCUCCACUGGUGGGAUGUUUGCAGAAGAAGAGAUUGGCCUGAAAAAGAAGAAUGCAUUUCUGGACUGACUUUUGACAGUAAGGAAGCUGCUGAUGCAGUUGCUAAUACCUCUGGUUCUGCAGAUAGUAAUGGAGACACAGAGUCCGAAAAAUCCUGUGACCAUUCACAUUUUUAUAUUGCCAAUGCUGAGGUCCAGAUGAGCUUUGGGAGGAUACCAAUAUGGCAACAAUCUAAGAUAUAUUUUUACACAAUGAAUUCUCUGAGUGCUGAAGAGCUGGCCCUGACUGGUGAAAAUGCUGCCGGGGAAAUUGAAAUUGAGAAGUUUUCAGCUCAUGAGGUCGAAAUAAGACGAAAAGAUCUAUUGCCUGUUUUUGACCAUUUUCAAAGAAGUCAGUGUGAUGGGAGUGAAAGGAGCCUUUCAGAGGGAACAUGCCCACCUUCCUUUAUUAGCAUGGCUAAGGAGAAACCGUCCAAAGAUGGUGUCAUGUCCUACCCAAAGUUAGAUGGCUCGAUGGAAAAUUUGAAUGAUUCACUGGAGAACUACUACAUGCCCGUUACUUGGUCUCAGAAUGGGAAUAUUGACCAGCAAAGGCAUAAUGUUGCCACAUCACCUCCAGUGUCGCAAGCUUAUAUCAACAAGGCUUGUGCUCUAGUUUCUCGGGAACAGUUUGUCCCUGGUACUAAUGGUGCAUCAGUACCAUCAACCUGUCCACUUCCUGCUGACACAAGCAUUGUCCAAGAACUUGAGGCCCCAAACAGCAGCGGCUCAAGUGAUGAUUGCAGUGCAAAUUCCAAGGGUUCUAAUCUGAUGUCGAACAUAAUUGAGGAGCAUGUUAAUGGGUCUUUGGACUUUGUGCAGUACUUCCAGGAAGGAUACUGCCGACCAUCGGAUCUAAAUGGAUGCCCUGAUUCUGCGGAAGAUAUUAUUCAUGAUGAUGGCAGUAGCAGUCCCUGUGACAGGGACAAGUCCGAGGAAGAAGGUGAUAAUGAUGACAUGCUUGGAGGAGUUUUUGCUUUCUCCGAAUAAGGUUUCUGGGUCAAAGAAGAUUCGCAUGAGCAUAUGAUGAAAUAUCAGGCUAUUCCAAUUCCAUAGUUAACUCAUCAAACUGACAGAAUACAUCCAUUGGCUUGCUCGGUUGGAGUAAAGAGCUUUGGUGAAGGAUUUCUAUUCUUCUAAUUUCUCUCCUGUAAAUGCUGUAAAUUGGGAAGAAACCUUAUCACAAAAUUAUUUGUGUUGUGAACAGGUUGUUUUCUGUGCUUUGUAACAUUAUUCAUUCUUGAAAAGGGAAAAAAUGAAGGAUCAAAUAAGAGAAAAAUGAAAGAUGGCUUGUUUGCAACUUUCAUCUUGCAUGUCUUUCAUUUAUGUUGGACCAUAUCGUCACAUCCCGGGUUCCGCUUGAACGGUCUCGGGUUUUCUUCCAAGUUCUAUUGUUUUCAGGGCGCUGAAGAUACAAUUUUGCCGGGGAGGGCCUUCCUGAGUAAGAAUGAAUUGUUCAGCUGCCAAUUAGCAGGAGGUUAUGCGCAUGUUGUUCAAUUGUUAAUAUACUUAUAGAACUAUGAAAAUGUCAGAACAAUUCCGAGAAUCUUUGUGAUUUGCAUCCUGUUUGGUAUGUCUGGUUAGUGUUUUUCUGAAAGAAUGCAAAUACGAUAUUCUUGAGUGUUUGGUAUGAA